AUGUGGGUGACGCGAGGACGGUCAACGGAGGGGAGGACGGUAUCAACUGCAAACAUGUCUCUCUCUAUAUGGUUGCUGCGCAUGUUGAUGUUUGUGAUGCAGUGUCUACUGCGUACCCCAGGACAGAAGGUGUGGCAUGCGAGCCUUAGCAUCACGACAGGUUUUGAGCCGGUUUCUCAAUGCCUAAUACCAAUACGCAUAAGUAACAAAUCCCUUCGCUCGAUGACAUCAAGAAAAAGGACUACCUGUUCUGCUGCCCAUGCAUGACAGAUUUUCAUUUUUCAAUGAUCUAAAUUAAAAUGCGCAUCACAUUCACAAGUCGUAGCUUUCCCGAGUCAGACAUAUUUGCAAUGCAUAGUUGGCGUGGUGGAACAACGUGAAGACCGUCGCCGACCACGUGACGCAGCUCGGUCGCGACGGCUCCUAUUCACAGAAAAUUUCCCGUACACGUCCUACCAAAACCUCCAAUGCGGUUUUUGCAUGACAAAUCUUUCCCUCAAUCUUUAUUUGAGGGCAUGGCAAACUGUUUAUGCUCUAGGUAGGGGAACAAAUAAUUUGUGAUUUUCGUUUUUUUAAGUGGACAAAAUGAAAUUUGUUUGUAUUGCAUAACUCCCGAGGACGCAGAGUACCAGGGGGCAGCAAGAAGUCAGGGACCGAAGCCGCGACGAGCCCCGUGCUCAUCCGCUUGGCGACUUACCGAGACUAUCCUGCGGAGCAAAACUAGUACCAUCGUACGACGUAUAAAGCGCAUGACAAAUUUAUUUCCCAGCAUGUCAAAUGGAAUCUGUCAUGCCGAUUCAUCUAUAGGAAGGAAAUUUGUCAUGCAUAGUUGCGAUUACUACGAGUACGAUACUUUUGCAGGGCAUAGAGACCGCCUGACCGCGGACGAAGUCGAAGAUUUUUUCGACGGUCUCCAGAUAUCAAAGGCAAUUCGGUAAAGUCCGGUUCUGGAAGAAUUCAGGGGAGUUUGUCAUGCAGUUUUGACCUGACCAAGGAUCUCUCUGAUGCACGCUCUACUAGCAUCACAGAUUUCAUCGCGAAGGGUUGAUGCUUAUGCACAACCUGCAUGAGAAAAUCCCUCUCCGGAAGAUGGCAACAACCUCAGUGUAGUCUUCUGCGGCUCAACAUGCAAUACAGGUUUUUGUACAAUCGAAAGUUUAUCGCACGAAAAAACUGUUUCACUGUGAACCUGUGAUGCAGAAAAUGGAACACAAAACUGUUUGUCUUGCUACACAUGGAAGGCAUUGGAUUUUCCAGCGUGUUUUCCCUUGGGAAGUGCGCAUGACAAAUUUUCAGUGUCAUGUGUAACAAACUUGUGAUGCAGAUCUUGCAAUAUCAUCACAGUGAAGCAGUUUUUUCGUGGGAUAAAGUUAGCAUCAGAAAUAAUUCCCUUUCGUUCCAGAUAAAAUCCAGACAUUUAAUUGCAGUUCAUAGCAGCGCCACCGAGAGGACAGAACCGGCGUCCUUCUGCAGCUCCACGACCCUCAACAUGUCAACGCACACAGCGCCAGCCUAUCGCAUUUAAAAACGUCCCUACCCCAGAGUUGUCAUGCAAAUCUGCAUGCCAAAAAAGUUUCUCAUGCGACGCCCUAAUAUGAGAGCCAUUUAUAUCUAGUCGUGUUCUUUUGGAAUUUGUGAUGCUGGAAUCAGCAUGGCAUGCUACAUAUGUGAUGCUUCGGGACUAGCUAAACAGGAUGAAGACACUGCGCGGGCAAACUUGUCAUGCGAAACAACCAGAGCUGGUUGAUUUGUCUACUUAGCAGAUUUUCCAUCUUGACUCUGGUGUGGGGACGUUUUUCCUCACAAUACAGCCGUCCGCUUCUUCGCGGCCGCAAGAAAGGGAGGUGGACCAACGAGGGCCUCGAGGAGACCGCGUGCCGCAGCCACCUAUCCUGUGCAAAAGUAUCGUACUAGUAGAAAUCGCAUGACAAAUUUUUUCAGCACGAAAAAUGGAAUUUGUCAUGCUGAUUGACCUUGGGAAUCAGAUUUGUAAUGCACGAUUGCAAUUAGUACGAGUACAUAUACUUUUGCAUAGCAUACCGUCCGCUGCACGGCGACAGGAAAAUACAUCACCCCGUAUGCAUUGCAAAUAUGUCUGGGUCUGGAAGAGUGGAAGAUUUGUCAUGCAGGUUUUCCAUGACCCAUGAGGUCUGGUAUGUAGGACAUAGCAUGACAGAUUUUUUGAGAGUUCUAUCAUGCCUAUCCUGCAUGAGAAACAGCCUCGCGAUUAGCUCAAAAGUGGACAUUUUGGUAAUCAUGCAACACAGAUUUUUACAUGACUCAGAUUUAGCAUGACAAGUUGGUUUGUUCCAGACCCAAACAUUUUUGCAUUUGAUACCCCGACGCCGGAUGUCUUGCCGGGCGGAAGGACGCGGAAUAUCAAAAGAAAAAAUCCCCCCUCCCCAUAUCAAAACGAGGUUUCUGAUGCUGGAUUUGGGUACACAAAUCAGAUUUAUCUUGCUGGAGAGGACUGCAGGCCCAUACCAAGACCGAGUAGAGAUGUUUUGGGCUAGGCGCUGAGCAUGGCAAACGUCUAGUCUGUAGGGCCACCAGCAUCACAAACCGCCUGCAGAAUGGCGGAGACUGUGGAGUUGCGUUCUUGCAAGACAGAGACGAUUUGAGGUCGCAAAUCAGCAUUGCAAACUUUCUGAGAUCUACCUUUUCGUCGAUAUGGGGAGGGGGGAUUUUCCCUUACGAUACGGAACAACCGAUCCUCAGGAACAACGGCGAGGAGACUACAACCGCCCAAACAGGAGGUCCCAGAUGA